AUGUAAUUCGUUUUAAUAGUUUUAUUUACAGCAUCAUUUGCAAGAAAUGAAUGUGAGGUUGAUAAUAAUGAUAGAGUAAAAAUAAGUGGAAUUUCAAAAUAAAAAGAGGAUGAAUUAUUAGAAUUACAUAAUGAACAUAGAAAUUAGGUUGCUCUUGGAAAAGUUAAAAAUUGGUAAAAUUAAUUUUCUACUGCUGCUAAUAUGAAUUUUCUCAAAUGGGAUAAUCAUCUAGCAAGGAAUGCUUAAGAUUGUGCUGAUAGAUGCCCUACUAAUUUUCAACUUGAUUGUUCUUUUCCUCUUCAUUAUGGUUAUUUGGCAUUUAAAGGAGAAUUUAAUGAAUAAUAACAAGAUUUGAGUCCUUUAAAAAUAUUUAGAAAAAUAGUUUCAUAUCAAGAUUUUGCAAGAUAAAUUGAAUUGGCGAUAGUUUUAAAUUUUGGAUGUGGAAGAACGUUGAUUAGCAGGAAGAAUUCUAAGAGUCAAGAAAUUUUUGUUUGCUUAUACAAUAAAGUAGUUUUUAUUCAUAUUUAAUAGAAACCACAUCCAAACGGAGAAGUAUAUAAAUAUGGUAUACCAGGUUAAGAUUGUUUAUAUGGUCGUAAAAUUGAAUUUAUAGGUUUGUGUAAAUAAAGUGCUACUGAUAUAGAAGCAUUGAAAUUUCGACAUUAAAGACAUCAAGAUGCAUACAAAUAUCAUCAUAAAGAAGAGAGACAUCAUGUUCAUCACAAUCAUCAUCGUAAAGACGAUGGAUUUCAUACUAGGGCUGACUGA